CGGCGUACUCGGGGAGUCGUAUACGAGCGCGCGCUCAGCUCUAUAUACGUGUGGCUUUAGCUGUCCUCGACUCCUUCGCUAUUCCGGGUUAACCGACCUUCUCCACACCCUAGCAACGCUUGUCUAGAUGACGUGAAACUGGGUCUUGGUUCAAGGUCGAGAACCUCUCGACUAGUGAGAACGCGGUGGCCUCAACCCCCGUGCUACAAACUCCGCUAUACUAUGGCCUUCGAUUACUCCAUCGGAUCCAUUCGCGUCCUGCGACGAAUACCGUUUUUUCAUGCUUCUGCGAACGGACCUCAACCGAAAAAACGGCACUUCGGACUUGUCGCCAUUCAAGGGUUCGAACGAAACUUGAACGUUUCAUUCAUCAUUUUCCGCAGCGACGCCCCAAAUUUCGGGAAUUUUUGUUUUUACGGCCAGUUUCGAAUGGACGUUAUCCCGAAGAAAGCCUGAUCCAGAAAGUGCCUUUAACGCACUAUUGUUGCACGAAUUGAGCCUUGAAAUAUAUGAGAACUAAACAAACAACGCUUUCAUCACCAUUAUUUUCUACACUGUUAUUCGCUUCUUUAGUUUUCUCUCUAUAAAACAUGUUUCAAUUUAUUAUUCUUUGUUAGAAUAUUUGAGUAAGCGAAAGAUGCAAAGCCGAAGUUUUCCGGUAGGAUGAGCCAUUUCCCAUGUUCAGAGUAAACGAAAAGGUCGAGCGGAAUGAGUUAAUUUAAUAUUUCAAGCGCCCCUGCCAAAGCUGGCCCAGACUAGUUCAGUUUUUUUUAUGAUCAUUUCCAUUAUUCGUGGUUGCUUUGACCUUUUGUACGUUCUAGAUGACCCGAGGACUUUUCCUGUGGAAGCAGCCUGAUCCGUCGAGAGGUUUCCCUCCUUGGAAUGUUCGCCCAUGGUGAUAGGUCAAGUUCACAGUUCAAGGCUCAAGGUUCGAAGACCCUAAACGUAUAUACGUGUAUAUUUGGCCAGAAGGGAGAAAAUAGGGAGGUUUAGAAAAGGACAGAAGCCGGACUGCUUUACGGCCACGUUGGAAGUGUGGGUGCUCGAGCGAGGAGAGAAAGAGAGAGCGAGGCUCGAGCAGGCGCUGGUGGUGCGCAAGACGCGCUUUUCCCAUUCACAGGAGCAUCCAGCCAAGAGCUCAGAUAAAUCAGCCUGCCCUGCGGCUUUAUCCCCGUGGUUUAGUCUGUUUUUCAUACCCUUGUUGGUGGAAUCUCCUCUUGACGAAGGCCUCAAAGGAGCCGGAAGUUCGAGCCUUAUCAACGAUCACGAAAGAUCGUCUCAAGAAAAUUCGGCUAAAAUUUGACGACGAUUAACGAGCAAUGCUUCCUCCAUUCGUUCGGCAAAUGGAUCCCCGUUUCAGCAUUUAUGCCUCUUCGUGGUAACGCAGUAUUGUUUUAUCAGCAGAGUCGGAGAACAAUGAAAAUUCACAUGAAACAUUGACUCGGUUGUUAAAUCGAAUAAUGAAGUCGUAAAACGACUAAUUAAUUAUCUGGCAACAUGCUUUCAUUAAGAAUUGAAAAAUCGCUAUAAUAUCUCUUGAUUAAUAUUGAAUUAAAAGUUAUUUCACAUUUUAAUGGAGCUUCCAUGGACACUCUUCGGAAACUGAAAGCUGCAUUUUGCUGCACCGAGAGAAUCUCAAAGGGCUGUAAAAAGGAUAUUUUUUGGAAAAAAAACGACGAAAGUUUAUUACACGAUUUACGUCGGCGACCAAUUAAUUAUGUACCAAGAGGGUGACUGCACAGAAAAUGAACGAAAUGAAGCAAAGCACUCUCAUUAUACAUUGCCAUGUCCCUAAGCAAUGGACGUAUAUUUAUAUUCAGUUGAUAUGCCAGUGACGGCGUUGCGCUUUCGUGUUUGCUAAACGAAGUGUAUCGUGUUAAAUAAAGCGUCUUUAAUAACGUCAAACAGAAAUUGAACAAACUAUUUCGCUACAUUACGUAUCAUUAUGGUGAUCAAUUUGAAAAAAUAUAACUUGUUAAGCUCGCACUAUUGCUCGACAAAGAGUUCGUGUGUCUGUUCGCGCAAUGAACGCAGAAUAAUUGCUCGUAGAAAAACAGUUUUCGAACGAACGAUCUCUCGUCAGGUGAGAUAACAAUUCGCCGGGAAGCAGCAGCAAACGAUAAAAAAUUUCUUCCCAGCGCGCUCUCGGACUCCGCGGAGAAAUUCAAAGACCCGGUUUAUUAUUUUUAUUUUACUCUCGCAGUCGCAUUCGCUAUCGUAGCAACAGCCGAUUCGAGAAGAGAAGAAUAGAAGGGGUUUGAAAAAAUUGGAAAUUUUUCAAUAUUUUUCAUUGGGUCGGUCCAAACACGAAAUUCCGAAUUUUUUCAUUUUUUUGCACCUGUAAAGAAAAAUGAUGGAAGUAAUCGUGCAGUGGCGCGGUGUUUGAAAGGAGAAAAGUAAAUAACAAUAAAAAUGAUGAAACGUCGAUCGUAAAACCAACUUCAGGGCGUCUCGCUUUUAACCAGCAAAUGGACGCAUCGAAAAAUGUAUUCGCAUACUGACAACGGGUGAACAUGAAUUUAUCGAAUAAUUACCGGAUGCCUGCCAUUCCGACACAAAUCAUCGAGGACAUUUAAAGUUGCGUGACUUUUCUGAUGCGGAGUAUCGCCAAUCUUAUAAAUUGCAGGGAUCCUGAUUUGUUGAAAUUACCAAAGGACUUUAUGGACGCGUCAGUCGGUUCGGGACGAUGGCAAAUUCUGGUUACUCUGAUGCUCAGCUUCAUCACGUUCAUUCAUCUUCUAAACACCGGAAACGAAACCCUCCUGCGUCCGCCUGGCUGGUGGUGCAAGAUGCCCGAUUUCAUUGCCGGUUGGACCGAUGUACAGUGGAUUUUGUACAGUCAUUACAAGGAUUCAUACAAAAGAGCUUGCUCGAAUGGAACAAUCCUCUCGAGUUUGUGGCUGUCCUCGAGUACAUUCGGUCGUAUAGGAGGUUACAUGGUUUUCGGUACUCUGAGCGAUUGGGUGGGUCGGAAAUCGGUGAUUUUUAUAGCCUGCGGAGCAACACCAAUGACAGCUCUGCUCGUGGCGAGUUCCUCGGACUACACGAUCUUCGUAGUGGCGAGUAUAGUUCAUGGAUUUUUCCACGGUGGAUUCGCCGUGUCAAUGAUACUCGUUUUGGAAAUAAGCACGAACUCGUGGAGAACAGGUUUGAUGGCGAUCAGUUGCGGUUCGUUCGCUCUCGGGAUUGGCCUGACUCCGGUGAUAAGCGGCGUCUUUGACUCGUACGACCAGAUGAUCGUCUUCAUAAAUCUCCUCUGCGUCGUGAUGUUCGUGUCGAGUCGUUUCCUCCCGGAAUCGCCAGCUUGGUUGUUCUGCACUCGAGACGCCAAAAGUUUGGCCAAGACGAUACGAACAGCAGCGGAAGUGAACCAGCGUCAAUUGAGUGCUCAAUAUCACGACAAGGUCCGAGGGAAAUCGUAGGAACAGGUGCUGAUGCAAAACGCACCGGAGGCUCGACGUUCGGAGAAGCAGGAGCGUGUAAAGGAGACGAAUUUGAGAGUAACUCUCUUAGAGAUCCGAGUCAGAAGGUGCAGAGCGCGAGAAGCAAAAAAUACUCGGCGCGGCGGUGGCAAAGGGACAGAAGAGCGAGGGAGGGAGAGAGCGAGAGGAAAGGACCUGCUUACCACCUGACGGUGUUUCGGCAACCCGAGAGUCUCUUAGAAGAUUUGGUUGCUCGUAUUUUGUGUAUUAUAUCCUGCGUCGACAGCCCUGGCCAUCCGAUCGUCCCUCUGACUCUGCCUUACAGCGCGAAAUAUUGUAAAUGAAAAAGAAAAAAGGCUGAACGAGCGCGUUAAUAAUGUUAAUAAUAACGAAUGCGAGACGAAGAUAAUGCAAAAGCUGAGGUGGAACUCGCACCGAACUCACGUGAUAUUUAAUCGUUGCAAUUAAAACGAAGAGCCCACGGUGUGAACUUGAUUAACGGGUCACGGUCUCAGACUUGCAUUGAAAAUGACUCGUUACCCAUCCAAUUAGUAUAAUAAACAAGCAGGAAGGGAGCUUUCUGGAAAGGACGACCGAAAAAAUGAUCGUUAACGGGAUCGUGAUCCACGAUCCCGCGGCCAAAGCUGCCGGAAAGGAGGAACGAAUUUUGCGGUUUCGUCCUUCGAUAACCGAGCGUUGAAAUAGACCACUUCCGGUUUCACCGCAACUCGUCCCCCAGCGUUUUUCGUCAGGAAACCUCAGCUCUUUGUUCCUCCUGCUCCGAGCUCAUCUUAUUUCUUCCGUAUAUAUUUGUGGCUGAUCUCGUACACACGGAGACAUUCUCAAUGAAGCCACCGCGCCAUGUUUUAUUGUGAGAGAAAACGAAUGAGCCGGUCUUUUACUCGCGCGAUUAAGGAUUUAACGAGGCGGAGUUUGAAAUUGUUAUCGAACAUGGUAUACGCAUAUAUGGAGCGUGUAACUCAACUAUAUACCUUCUGGCAUGCACCUUAAUUUGCUCACGAAAUGUGAAAUAACCACAAAAUCUACAGGCACGUAUACGAAGCAUUUUUAUUCCGAGUCUGAUUUUAUUAUUAUCAUUAUAUCGAGCCGAAAAUUGCCUCAUUGUUGUGGAGCGAGAGAAAAAGAGAAAGAGGAGAGUUCCGAGUCAGCGUGCAUUACGAGUUUCUGUCUUGUUAGGGAUCUUUGCCCAUAUAAUCUCGAGCUCCGGGGAUCCUUCCUUUUUUCUCUCCCUCUUUGUGGUCUCCUAUAAUAGUUCCCUUUGUCGCCGCGUCUCUUAUUCUUUCGCUACAAAAUCAUCGCAAUUACGAAUUCUUCGAGUCUGAUGCUGUCGCACGAACGUUGCGUGGCGCGUGCUGAAUAAUUUAUGAUAUUUCGCGAUACCGAUUCUCCGCGCCGUCCGUGCGCCGACGCAAUGAUGUUCGAUCGCGAAGCAAACUCGAAAAAUUCGAUGCUCCCUAUAUGGAAAAAGCUUUUUUUAAAAAGCAUUGAAAAUUCUCCAAUCUAGCCUUUUCAUAAUGAAUUGCAUUUUUUUCCAGCCCCGUUCAUUCGUCACCGUUUCAUCGGUGAAGAAAUUCUUCGAAAAAUCUCUCCCUCACCGUUCCCAAAAUAUCUGAUUUUUUAAACGCUUCGUUCCCUCGCUCUCUCUCUCUCUCUCUCUCUCUCUCGUCCGCGCACUCGCAUGACGUUAUCGCAAAGGUUCGUCGAGAAUCGAUGAACCGGGCAUUUAAAUGCGACGCUCAAUUGACACUCGUUUUAGGUGAUUUUACGCGAGAACGAAUACACACAAGCUCUAUGAUACGCACGACAGAGCGAAUGAACAAUGUGCAUCUGGCCCGACUGCAUCGAACAAUGCUUCAAUUUUAAUGUCCUGACGAACAAGAGUCAUACUGAUCAGACACAGAGCCCCGAUAAUUAUGCGAGUCGCGUGUGCCCCGCCGAUAAAUUAACGGCCAGAUGUGUCCCCAUUUUUUGUUGCGUCCGAUACCAUUUUCUUGUAACCCCCAUUUUUCCAAGAAAUCAUUCCUCCAUGAAGCAUGUAACUCGAACCGAUUUUCGAACCUUUCUGGAACUCGUAAAUUCAACAUUUCACAAGAAUGCAAAAUUGCUUCGUAAAGUUUCAUUAUAAUUCUGUCAAGCUUACACUAAUUAGGACCAAUUUCGUUUGCAAUUUCGCUAUUCCUCAACGCGUUCAUGAGCCCAAACCAUCGAUUUUCCGAUAAUUUUAUCCACGAGGCCCAACAAAUUCCGACAAGUUCACGAAUAAAACGUAGUUUUCGGGCAUCUAACAAUCCGUUUAUUUUUUCUUUGAAUACGGACUGCUGCGAAAUAGCUUUGUUGACAGAUGCGAAAUGAGGUAUAUUCGACGCGAUAUAUUUAUGCAGGCUUAUUUAAAGACACGCGUAUAUAUUAAAAGGUACACUUGGCAAACGUGUAAUGGGAUAUAAUAUUAGCUGUACUAUAUUUGUACGAUAAUUUCGAUCUGCGUCGCUUUAUAUAAACUUGACGUCCACUGCGCGUGUCUCAUAUCCCCAUAAAAACUCAUGAAUUAUUCAUUCAUCGUUUUCAUACGUACGUAUAUACACAUAUAUAUGUACGCAAGGAUAUUUACUGGGCGAUAAAACCUGAGAAAGAUCUACGAUCGUUACACUCAAGCCGGGACAUAGUACCUCGCACAUAUAUAUAUACGUAUAAAUAUUCGCGUGGUUACAAGUAUCUGUACGUACGGUUAGCAAAAGCCUAUAAUUAAGAGCACUUUCCUCAGUCAUUCAUUAUCGAUAAUUGGUUUAUUAGCCAACGUGCUACGUUUUUCUUUCGAAUAAAAAGGGGCGAGAGAGAAAAACGAAAAGAAAAUAUGACCGCUAAGUAGGCUCCUUCACGAGAGACGGAAGAAUUGGCAACUUUUGUAUAUCGAAUAUUGAUAAAUCAACGGAAAAUACGCGUGGUAUAAUGUUUCAUUGUAAUUUUCAUAUUUCUUGCAUUAUUUUCGGACGUAAAGAGGCUGUCGAAUUUUCAUGAAUUUCAAUUUGCUUGAGCAAAAUAAAUGAGCGCGGGGAAACGAUGGUGAAAAAAAAAUACGCGAAUUUUCGUAUAUCGAAAAGUGCUUUGAGUGCUUUGAAAUUAUCAUCGAGAAUAUAAUAUUCGACGCGCGCACAUUAAAAAUGGAAGCGUACCUUGAUGGAAAAUUUUCAUGUACUUCGGUGGAAUAAAUUUAAACUAAAU